UUGUACUUGAAUGGAACGACACGUGAAGGAAAGUAUGAAGUUAGAUUGAGUCAUAUCCCAAGCCCUCCAUCACACAGCAUCUGGAGGGUGAUAAGACUUACCAUCAAUAGAGAAGCCACAUCAGCAAUGUCAACGGGGUACCGAAUGCCCCAGCACGCAAGCAGAAUGGAACAGUCCACUACCAACUGCCCCUGCUCGAUUAAUGGACUUCAAAUAAUUACGGAGCUCCGGACUGUCCAGCCCGUUGUUGAACUCGGCACGGUUCUCGAUAUCGUUCAAAGGGUAUAUACACACGGCAAGGAUGUACUCCAAUGCCAAGACUGUCGAAAAAGCCCACACUCGUCAUAUGUGAUGCUACCAGCAUUGGCGGAGCAAUGUCUCUCCCUAUUUGAAGCCGUCUGUAUCGCAUAUAAUAUUACGAGGGGGAACAUGCUAUUUGAUCCAUCAGUGUUGGCGUUCGAGGAGCCAUUGCCGCAAUUUAUCUGUAUGAGGAGUAAGACAGUGUUGGGGCAGAUAGAGCUGGAUGAAAGGGAGUCGGUGAUGCUUGUAAGAACACUACUGGGGAGGAACUUAAUGAAAAUCUUGGAGGUGUUGGAGACCCUGCAAAAGAUAUUCAGGUCGUUAGGGAAAGAGGCUAGUGAAGGGGGACGAUGUGCGGGCCCCGCAACGCUACGGGCGUGUGAGUCGUCUGUUGAAGCCACCAUGCGGAGGUUCGCUGUGUUCAUGAAGCAAGUUGAGGAUAACUCUGGGGCGUGAAGGACGACGAGGAGGAGUGAGGGGCGAGGACGAGGCGUACCCUAUAUACUAUGUGAGAUCAAGC